GGCCGCCCAGUUCCCGCCAGGGACCGGACGCACGGCUAAGCCUCUCGUUAUCCUAACUCGUUCGAGAAAGUCCCACUCCCUCGGCAUUCCACCUGAGUCAAACCCGGCAUCGCUCUGCUUCCGUAUACGUCAAUAGACUGCGCCGGAAGUCGAAACAAAAUGGCGGAAGCGGAACUAGACUACUGGCUGCGGCGAAAACAAACGGGGCUCCCUUUCUAGCUCCCCCCCCCCCUUCGCCUGUUACUCUGUGCACUCUUCCGUCUCCCUGCCUUCCCGGGACGCACUCGUUUGAGCUCGGCAGGAACAGUCGCCGGUUGCACAUGCGCAGCAGCGCCCUGCCUUUGGACUCACACAGAGACAAAGUCUUGUCUACUGCCAAGCUCGUUCUGGCCCACUCGGGCCAAGCCUGCUCUUUGCAGGCAGUGGGAAGUUCCCUCCAUCCACGAAUUCCUCCUUGAGCGGCGUGAUGCUCUUUUCCCUGCGGGAGUUGGUGCAGUGGCUGGGUUUUGCGCCCUUCGAGCUGCUCCUGCAAGCCCUGGCGCUGCUGACGACAUCAGUGCUGCUGGUGCUAAAGGUAGAUGGAGUGGCGACCGGGCUUAGUUGGUGGGGAGUCUUUGCCCCGUUCUUUGCCGCCGAUGGACUGAGCACCUAUUUCACCACCAUUGUCUCGGUGCGCCUCUUCCAGGAUGGUGAGAAGCGCCUGGCUGUGCUGCGCCUUUUCUGGAUUCUCACUUUGCUUAGCCUCAAGUUUGUCUUUGAGAUGCUCCUCUGCCAGAAACUGGGUGAGCAAAGCCACGAGUUGUGGUAUGGACUUAUCAUGGCACCUGUCUUCAUCCUCCUCCAGCUUCUCAUGAUCCGGGCCUGCAGGGUCAACUAGAUUCUAUACUGCAUCCCUCUAGUGCUGCGGAGACAUCUAAUUUCUCCACCACUUGCAAGAAUAAUAUAUCUUGCCUGAAAUGACUGUACAAGGAUGCUGUCUUUCCAAUGAUCAGCUGACUGCCAGAUUGCAUACAAAAUCAAUCUGUGGUUUAACUGGAGAAAUACUUUUGCUCUUCUUUGCUGCCAACAAAUUGAACUCUUUCAUAUGUGUUGUGUCAAUAUAUCUUUCAGGGUGAUUCUUUGUGGUCAACUGUUCACUUCUCACUGGUGUUCCAGGAUUAGGCAUUUGCUGAAAAAAAAUCACCUUUCUAUCUUGACAUAGAAGAAAGGGGAACAGCCCUCCCCAAACCCCUGGUUUUGUACUGACAAGACAUUUUUGCGCCCAUGUCAUGUAUGGAUUUGUGGGUCAGACCAAAAGCAGCUUUUUACAUAGUAUUGUUUCGCUUGUCUUCAGUCUUUGUGUAAUAUCUUCAGACUUGAAUAAGGUCUGAUUGUGUUGGUUAUUUAUGAAUAAAUAUAUUAUGUACAUA